AACUAAACAGAAAACUUGUACCUGGAAACGAACAGUAAAUUAAUGGUGUCUUUAACAAGUCUUGGGCUCAAGUUGAAAGCGAGAGAUUCACCGCCAGCAAAAGCCGAAAGCGAUGUAGUUUGUGAAGCGUUGAUGAUGGAGCUGGAAUGUCAAAUAAAAGAGGUGGAGAGAAUAAACCGCGAGGUUGAACAAGAAAAGAAGAGGAUGGCGAACAUAGCUGAUUAUACAUGGCUUAUAUCUGCUCCUCAAAAAUCGUUUGAAAUUCCUCAAAUGGAGCGACUUGCGCUAGAGGAGUUAGCAUCGAAAGUUCGACCUGAGGAUAGCGGAGACGUGAUAUCUGAAUUCAGAAACAUCGUCGAAGGUAUACCACGGGAUGUUAAAGAGUUAUCUCAAGUGAUGCGGAGUAUAAUUGAGAAACAUUUGCUAGAAAGAUCGACUAAAAGCCAAGAUUCGACGUUUAGAUGGUUAACGAGGAGUAUGUCACAGCUAAGAACGUUAACAAACCAUGCUUCAGGCAGAGUGUACCCAGUGACAGACCUUGAGCUUCAAGAUCUACCUGAACCAAGGCGAGUGAGAAGUAUGUCUGAUUUUCCCCGUACAAAAGAAAUAUCUUUAUGAAGAUGGUAGAUUUGAUGUUAAAUUUUACUUAGAGGUGAUGUAGAACUCAUACUGCACAUGGUAAUCUCUGGAUCAUGCUCGUUUUUCUUGUUGGCAAGUUUCCUGUGAGGAAGUUUAUUAGUGUACGUAGUCCGCAGCAACUUAAUUUAUUAUUGGAAGUGUGCAUCAAGCUACAAGAAUUCGUUCUGUAAAUAUUGAUCGUCAAAUACUUGAGACGCUGUAGAUACAUGAAUAAUAACUCUUUAAACACAGGGAAAAUACUUCCCACAAGGAAGUAUGAGCUCUAGAAAUGUAGAUACAAGUCAUGUAAGUUGUUGAUACAAGUAAUGUAAGUUGUACUCAUUUAUGCUAAAUAUGGCUCUUUUGGUGAACAAUUAUAAUCCAGGUGUUGUAUUAAUAUAUAAUAGAAAA